UCUUGUAAAUACACUAUUAACAAGCCAAAACCUUCUUUAUUGAAACUAUUUUAGUCUUCAUCUAUUGUGAAUUUAUCAACGAUUAUCAUUUUAAAAGAGAAUUAUUUACAUUUAAGUUGUUUAAGCUUUAAUUUGAGGAAGUAGAUGAUGGGCUGAUAGAUGAUGUCAUUGACCCCUGAAAUGGAAAAGAGAAAGUGUCUUGGAGAAGCUGAACCAGUACCUAAUGAUUUUGACCGCGAAACCCGUCGUAUUUUUUUAGUAAGAAAGCAUAUGUAAGUUGGCAUUAUGCCAGUCCAAUUGGCAGUAAAAUUGAACCGAAAUGCGGGAUGUAAGUUGAAUGUCAAAGAUUAAGGUUAUCAUAAAACAACAGUAAAUAUAAAGCAUCCUUUACCUAAAAUUACCAGUUACUGUUCAUUAUUAUGUAAACGUCGUAUAAUGGUACAACAUGACCCUAAAAUAUGAAACUAGUAUUUUACAGUCCAUCUCAAAUUUUUUGAGUAUCAUAACAAUAUUUUCAUGUUUUAUAUUAAAAAUUCCCCAAAUUAUCAACAUACUCAGAGUAAAAAAUGCACAUGGCAUCAGUUUAAUAGGCUUAUGCAUGGAAUUGUUCAGUUACACUACAAUGUUCUCAUAUAAUUUUCGAAACCAUUAUGCCAUACUUACUUAUUUGGAAUAUCCUAUAAUAUUAAUUCAAGAACUAAUUCUAAUUACUAUCACAUUCUACUACAAGAAUUUUUUUAACAUUGGUUUUUUUGCUGGAGCAUCAAUUUAUUGUUCUAUGGCUUUCGGAAUGUUGUAUGGAAUUAUUCCAAGGGAGUUUUUAACUUUCUUAGUGCCAUUGUGUACUCCAAUCGGAGCCUCCUCAAAGGUCAUCCAGUUGUUAGAGAUUUUAAGAAGUGGUACUGCUGAAUCUGUCAGCAUAUUGACAUGGUUCCUAUCAGCAUUUACAAAUGCCACUAGGAUAUUUACAAUCCUUAUGGAUUCAUCUGACAUGGUUUUGUUGUUAAAUUUCUCCAUAAAUACCAUGCUGAGUGCUUCAAUUAUGAUAACAGCAUACUUCUUUAAAGCAAAGAACAUUCAUAAAAUGCACACCGAAUGAUUUAAUGAACUAAACUAAUACCUAUUCGUUUGUUAAAAAUUAGACUGAAUACUUUAUAUUAUUGUUGUUUCUAUUUCUAAAAUCGUCUUCAUUGAACUUUGAUAUUAAAAGUCAAGGCAGAGUUUUAUAGAGGCUCUUUCUAGUAAGAGGACUACCUUUUGCUUAUACAAUCUCGUUAAGCGCCAUCUAGCGCUGUUAAUGCAACGAGAUAUUGAAGACUCAAACCCUCAAUUGUCCUUUAGUCGAAUUUACUAAUGCCUCUCUAUUAUUUUAAGGGUGCACAGUUUAAUAAAGUUAUACAAAAUUGUAUUUUUUGUGAAAUAAACUCGUUUCUUUAUAA